AUGUCCAGCUCUCAAAAAGGACUUUGUCCUGUUUGUCGAGUAAGCGUUCAAGUGAAAAAUUUUAAACGUCACUGGUGUACUCAUCAUGAACGAAAUGAAAGAAAAAGAACAUAUGAUGAAGUUUUCAAUACCUUAAAGACAAAUAUUUCAAACCAACACAAAAUUACCACAACAACAGGAAUCGACAAAUUUUUUGACAAUAAGAAACGUCGAUUAAGUGAAGAUGUACAACAAGAAUGCAUUACAACAAUUAUUCAACAAAGUUUUGAUACACUUUCUUCUCCAUUAAUAAGUUCAAAUAUUUACUUGAAUGAAAGCAACAGCAAUGAUUAUGAUGAUAUGACCAUAUUACGAGAAAUAUUCGAAGACAUAUUUGCUCAAUUAGAAAAUGAACAUCAUGUUUUUCAUAUAAAUUCUGUUAUAGAUCAAAAUGAUGAUUUAAUAUUAACGGAUAACUCAUCUCUUGGUAUGAUUAGUUCUAAUAUGAUUCAGAGUGAAAAUAUGAAUGAUAAUGAUGCUUUAAUGUCAUUAAAUGAUAUAAUAACUGAUGGUAUUAGUCCUGAUACAAGUUAUAAAAAUAUAAUUGAUAAUGAAGCAUGUUGUUCAUCGACCUAUAUACCGAUUAAUCGUCCAGCUUGUAUUAAAAUAUCAUUACCAGGUGUUCAAUUUAUAACAGAUCGAGAAUUAAAAUUUGUUGAUCAACAGCGAUCAUUAUUGAACGAUAAUGUUUGGUUAUCAGAUGGUGCUGCUGGUAAAUCAAAACCAAGUUCAACAUGGUUCACAGCAGCAAGAGCAACCUGGCUUCGUGCUGUAUAUUCGGAAAAAAAAUAUGGAUUGUUAUGUAUUAUUUGUGUACAAGAAGCCAAGUGUAACUCAAGAUUAGUAAAAAACAAAGGAGCUUUUAUUUCUCAUCCUUACUGGAAAUUGCUGCACAAAGGUCUUGACGGUAUGAUUAACUAUUAA